GAUUUAUGAAUGGUCAUACCCUAAAAACACAGCCCAAUGGGUACGGAUUGAGGCCAGUUUCUUCACGACACCAAUAUAUGCCAUACCCUGGCUUGACAACAGGACCAAACCGAAAACGCGCUCAGGGACAUCUCAUCCCACAAUCACACACACAGUGAAACUUUGGUCAACCAUUAGGAGAGACGAAUACCUCGCACCACACCCUUCACCACUCUACCCACUAACAGGAAACCCCUCCUUCCCCCCAGGUAUGGACCACAGAGCUUUUCAAAAUUUCCCCAAACAAGCACACACACUGACUCUGGGAGAUGUCCUAAAUGACCAUGGGGUCAUCCCCUUUGAACAACUACUACCCAUAGAAUCACAAACGGGAAUGACACGACUGAGACAUUCACAACUCAAACAUUUUCUGAACACAGACCCACCACUAUCACAAGGCUAUAGAACUCACACUCUAUACGAGACCCAAUGCGCCCAACACAACAUCCGGAGGGGCCACAUCUCCGCCUUCUACAAACAAUUGUGCCGACGAACAGAAGAACUCCUACCAACCUACACAACCAAGUGGGAAGCGGAGCUGGGGAUACAAAUGCAAGCCAAAGA